AUGCAACCAACAUAUUUGUAUACAUCCGAUUUUGAUCGAGAAAUACAAUGGCGUUCAAAAUUUUCUAUGGGCAUACCGAUUUUACUCGGACUUUUACAAAUGAUAUUAACAUUUAUUAUAAUUGCACUUGAAAUAGCAUCUGUUGUUAUAUCACCAAUAUUUGGAACACUUUAUGCAGGAUUUUGGUUAUCAGUUAUAUUUACUCUAUCAUGGAUAUCUAUGCUUGGAUUAGCUUGUUGCCAUCGUGCUCGUAAAUGGGCAACAUUUGUGUUUUUAAUAUCACUACUUUGUGCUGCAGCUGCUAUAGCUCUCAUUGUUUUGGAUGCAUUCUUUAUUGGAAAUAUAAGUCGAUGUUUUUUUUCAAAAGUAAAUUGUGAUGAAUUAAUAUCAUCAUAUCCUCGAUUAUUUAGUCAACCACUUGGAAGAAAAGUUCAAGUUUUAAAAGCUCAAUUAGCAUGUGCAGCAUUAUUGCUAGCAACAGCUAUUUUAUAUAUACUUUAUUAUAUUUCUGUAAGUAUGUCUGCUCGUCGAGGUGCGAAUCGUGUACUUAUUGAACAUCAUCAAUUACCAGUACAACUUGUUCGACAUACCAAUACGCAUUCACCACAACAACCAAAAAUAAUAUCGGCGCCUCCUAUUUAUGAUCCAAGUCAAGUUGAAUGUCCACAUUGUGGAACAUUUAUUAAAUUAGCACAAAAAACACGAUAUACAUAUACUUAA